AUGAGGCUCUUCUUCGAGAAGGUUCAGAGUCUGGAGAGCGAACAACAACGCAACCACCAACCCCUCUGGGCAAAGCCACGACCUGGGACCUUUACCGAACGCAUCCUUAAUUACCACCAGGAGAAGGACAUCCAGCCACUCCGCAUCGCCUUCUACACUGGCACGGAGGAUCCUCUCACCCACAUACAUUCUUUCCAGUCUGCCCUAGGAUGCAAGGGCCUCACUGACGAGGGCAUGUGCCUUCUCUUCCCUUCCACUCUCAGUGGCACGGCCCUAAAUUGGUUCUACAGGCUGAACCCCCGCACCAUCACCUCAUUUGACAGUCUGAAGCAGGCCAACCAUUUCAUGAUCCAGACUGACCGCUUGUACUCUGCCGACGACCUAUACAUGCUUAGGCAGGGUAAGGAUGAGCCACUCCGGGAGUAUGCAGCAUGGUUCAGCCAUGAAUACUCCCGCUGCCCAGAGACUGACGACUGCGCUGCCUUCGGCGCCUUCAAAAGUGGCCUCCACGAGUCCAAUUUCCGGUACCUAGUCCACAACAACCCUUGGAACACAUAUGCUGAGCUGAUGAAGCAGGCAGCAAUUCACGCCAAGGUUGAGUACUUCAACUCCAAGCGUAAACCAGCCACCCCAAUGCGUAAUCCUUUUGCUGAUCCUCCACCUGCUUCAGUACCCACCCUAGCCCCACCUCAACAUUCUACUCCCGCCCCAAGUACCUAG